AUGGCUACCAAAGAAGACCUCAUUUGGUUAGGCUUGUCAGAGUCGAAAGCCGCGGAAACGCUAAAGAACACAAAGCUAACGGAGACCAUCGGCACGGUCAUCAAGACUGCGAGAGAGGCGGGAGCCGGUGGAGAGAUUUCCAAGCAAAAAGGAACUCUUCUGUACCAACUGGCAACGAAACUAAAACCGCAAGUGGCCGCCAAUGCUCCGCUCGUCGUCAAAUACAUCGUCAUAGAGGGAAUCAAGACGGAGACCCAGGUAGAUCGAUAAGAAAGCGCCCGCUGUUAUUAUUAUUAUGUUUCGACUUGCAGGUGUCCGCCGCUAUCGAGUAUCUGCUCUCUAACGCCGUGAACGGCUUCGAAGUGGCCGCUUUCGAGAAAGCCUCCGGUGUCGGCGUUGAGGUGACGAUCGACGAGAUCGAGGAUCUGGUCACGAAGGUUCUCGCCAAGUACACCGAGCAAAUAAAGGCAGAGCGGUACGGAUUCCCUGUCGGAAAGCUACUCGGCGAGCUCAGAACCGCGCUUCCAUGGGCUGAUGGAGCCGUCACGAAGAGGGAAGUGGACGUGCGAUUCUUGGAGUUGCUUGGACCGAAGACCGCCGAAGAUUUGGCUCCGAAGAAGAAGGAGAAGAAGCCGGAAGCUGCUUCAAAGACUCCGAAAGCUUCUGGAAAUCAGGAAAAGAGAAAGAAGGAGAGUGCUCCGAGUCAGCAAGAAGAGGAGGAGUUCGCCGACGGAGCGGAGACGAUGGACGAGCUGCUGCGCACGCGUGCUCAUUUCCACAAGGUCGGCGAGAAUUUCAAGACCGACGGAUAUGUGACCACUGACAAGACCGCCGAGCUUCUAAAGGCCCACGUCGCCAAAGUCGGAGGAAAGGUGGUGACUCGCUUCCCGCCGGAGCCGAACGGUGUGCUCCACAUCGGGCACGCCAAGGCCAUCAACAUCAACUUUGGAUACGCGAAGGCGAUGGGCGGAGUGUGCAAUUUGCGCUUCGACGACACGAAUCCAGAGAAAGAGGAGGAAAAGUUCUUCACCGCCAUCGAAGACAUUGUCAAUUGGCUAGGAUACACUCCCGCCAGAGUCACCCACUCUUCUGAUAACUUCCAGCAACUCUAUCUGUGGGCUGUGAAGCUCAUCGAGAAGGGUCUCGCCUAUGUUUGCCACCAGAAGGUCGAGGAGAUGCGUGGAUUCGAAGUGCAGUUAAGCCCUUGGCGGGAGCGUCCGAUCCAGGAAUCUCUUCUAUUGUUCGAGGAUAUGAAGCACGGAAAGUUUGACGAGGGAGAAGCCACUCUCCGUCUGAAACUCACGCUGGAAGAGGGAAAAGUAGAUCCCGUCGCCUAUCGCAUCAAGUUCGUGCCACAUCACCGAUCGGGCAACGAGUGGUGCAUCUACCCGACGUACGAUUACACCCACUGCCUCUGCGAUUCGAUCGAGAACAUCACUCACUCGUUGUGCACGAAAGAGUUCCAGUCCCGACGCAGCAGUUAUUACUGGCUUUGCAACGCGCUGGACAUUUAUUGCCCGGUGCAGUGGGAGUACGGACGUCUCAACGUCAACUAUACCGUCGUCUCGAAGCGAAAGAUUCUGAAACUGAUCACGACUAAGACCGUCAGCGAUUGGGACGAUCCGCGGCUUUUCACUCUCACAGCUCUCAGAAGACGUGGAAUUCCAUCGGAGGCGAUCAAUCGGUUCGUGGCCAAACUCGGACUGACAAUGUCCCAAAUGGUCAUUGAUCCUCACGUGCUCGAUGCCACUGUUCGUGACUAUCUGAACGUGCACGCGUCGAGAACGAUGGCAGUUCUGGACGGACUGAAGCUCACGAUUGAGAACUUCGACGAACUGAACCUUCCGUCGACGUUCGAAGUGCCCGACUUCCCAUCCGAACCGUCGGAUCCGCGCAAGCACAACGUCGCCGUCGACAAGCAAAUCUACAUCGAGAAGACGGAUUACAAGCCGGACGAGAACGACAAGUCGUUUAGACGGCUCACUCCAAAGCAGGUGGUCGGACUGAAGCACAUCGGAUUGGUGCUGCGAUUUGUGAAGGAGAUCAAGGACGCCGCGGGACACGUGUUGGAGGUUGUGGUGCACGCGACGAAGCUCACGGAGCAGAACAAGCCGAAGGCGUUCAUUCACUGGGUCGCCAAACCAGUUUCCGCGGAAGUGCGGCUCUACGAAAGAUUGUUCAAGAGCAAGAAUCCGGAGGAUGCGGCAGCUGUUCCAGGCGGAUUCCUGACGGAUAUCAAUCCGGAUUCGCUCACGGUUCUCUACAACGCUCUCAUCGAUCAGUCCGUUGCAAAGUCGAAGAUUUAUGACAGGUAAGGCGCCUUCAAUUUUAAUUUUGCAAAAAAGUUUGUGUUCAGAUUCCAAUUCGAACGUAUUGGAUUCUUCUGCGUCGACCGCGACUCGACCGCCGCGAAGCUCGUCUUCAACCGAACCGUCAUGCUGAAAGAUGGCGCCGGAAAGAAUUGA